AUGCUACCAUUGAUUAUUGGCCUAACAACACUCGGUUUACUCGCUCUUCUCACAUUGUGCUGUUGCUGUUGGUAUUAUUUACUUUGCGGAACAUUUGCUCGAAAUUUGUGGAAAAAACAAAAACCUAGUGAUAUUGAUAAUCUCAUUAGUCGACAUGAACCAGGCAAAAACUAUCGCAUUAGCGAUUUAGAGCUCAGUAGUACGUCAACAAGAAGUCGCCAGCCGACUGAGAGUAGUGAUGACUGUGAUUUGAGUUUAACCAGUCUUUUUCCUUUAAAAGGGGAGGGAAAUGUUAGUAUAACAAGGGUAAAAAAGGGUCAACUUUCAGAUACAAAUGACGGAAUCGAAAAUUCUCCAUUACAUAUCACUAAUAAUCGCGAAGUAAAACAGAAGCCCAGAGUGAGUAUUAUCAAAGUGAAUAGGAUUCAAUCCUCAGUACCAAACGAGGAAAGAACUGAUGCUACUGUAAGAAAAGAAGAUGUUGAGCAAGAUAUUCCUGAGAUUCUACUGCCAGAACGAAGAGUAAGUGUCGUUAGACUACCUCGACAAAAAUCAUCUUGUUACGUUGAGCCUCUUAAGAGUGCUAUUUCUAGUAAUAUUGUACAGGCUCGUAGAAGAAAAAGUCAGGUUAGCUUAAGUAAAGUAAAAAGGAUCAGCACGGCUAUCUCCGAAGUGAGUGUCAUGAAAGUACCCCGAGAUUCUACGACAGUUAAACAAGAGAGCUCCCAUCCUUCAGAUGAAUCGAAAGCAAGUCAGCGCAAAAGGACCAACACAAUUACCUCCGAAGUGAGUGUCGUCAAAGUACCCCGAGAUUCUACGGCAGUUAAGCAAGAGAGCUCCCGUCCUUCAGAUGAAUCGAAAGCAAGUCAGCGCAAAAGGACCGACACAACUACCUCCGAAGUGAGUGUCGUCAAAGUACCCCGAGAUUCUACGGCAGUUAAACAAGAGAGCUCCCAUCCUUCAGAUGAGUCGAUAGCUAGGCAGCGAAAAAGUAUUGUUAUCAAUGCUCCAACUAUUGAACAAAUAUACAAACAACUACAACCGCCACCAUCUGCAAGAUCAAAUGUAGCUGUGACAAAAUUAUCGCGAGUGUUAAAACAAGUGAAAGAUGAUAGAAUUGAUGACGCAGCUGUUGAAGACAUAGACUAG